UUGGGUUAAACUCACCUGCCAGUAGGUGAAUUCAAGGUGUCUGAGCAGCACAGCAGGAAGUUAAUUUUCUCCACCCACCGGUCUGGACAAGGCAUUUGACUUUGCACUGAAUUGCUACAGUCACCUCUCUCCUUCCUGACAGAGGCUUCAGUUCUGAUCAGCACAAGGAUUGCGGGCCAGGGGCCAAAAUUCAGGGAUGGAACUGCUGAGCUGGGUUGCUGUUGCCAUCCUCUUGCUGUCCUCUGCUUGCCAGAAUUCGCUUGCGAAAGCAACCGAUGGACACUCUUCCAACUCUUCAGACUUAUGUCCUCAUGUCAAUUUCUGCUCAGAGGCCUCCAGAUGUUGUCAGUUUGGAGUGGAUGAAUAUGGCUGGAUCGCUGCAGCUGUCGGGUGGAGUCUCUGGUUCCUCACCCUUAUCCUUCUCUGCAUUGAUAAACUCAUGAAGCUCAGACCUGAUGAACCCAAAUAUUUGGAAGCAUGACACUUGGCUAAGCUUACAGUUAUUUCUUUCUUUCUGUCGUAUGGGAUGAGACAAGUGGAUGAAGAAAGUAACUUAGCCUGCUCUGUCUGCUAAGUACAGAAAAAGGACGUUGUUCAUGGCUUUAUAAAAACGCCCUAAGUUGAGGGGAAAAGCAUGGCCAAGAUAUGCUUUAUGGUUUGUAUAAAAAUCCCUGUAACUUCCCAAGCCUCUGGAAGAAAACCCCCGUUCCUUCUUGUAGCUGGUCUGUCAAAUAUGUGUGCACUGGUUUCCUUGCGUCUUCUGUCAUAGUUGUGAAAAGAACAAUUUACACCCUCUGAAACUGGGAUGGAGAA